AUGGCAUCCCUGAGGACCUCGGCUCUCCCGAGCUUGAUCCGGGCUCGCAUCCCGCUCCUGCGACACAACCAGCGCCGCUGGGCCCAGGUCCACGACGUCCGCUUUCUCGCCACGCAUCACGACCCCAACCAUGUGCUGGACAAGUAUCGGGCCAAACUGGACCAGAAGGCCAAGAGUGAGGGCCACCAAUCGAUCGACUCCCUGAAAGACGCCUACCAAGACAAGAUCACCGACCUGCGGCAAAAAGCCACCACCCCCAUCACCCCCGACGACCCCGCGGCGCCCCAGAAACCCUCCGCCGUCCCUCCUCCGCCGCCGGCCGCGCCGUCGCCCCUCGCAGAAGCCGCCGAGACGUCCAAAAAGGCGUCGGGGAUCAAACCGCUGAGUGCGUACCUCGACGUCGAGAAGAUUCGCGACUUGCCGGCCAAGGAAAUCGAGGCUCUCUGGCGGCUGCGCCACGCCUCCAGCGCCGAUUCCAUCUGCGCCGUCAUCCCCCUCGACACCUACCAGCGUAUCGCCGCCGCCGCCCGGCAAAACCCUCAGUUCAUCCUCCCGCUGCCGCGUACGCCCUCGGCGCCCAGCGACUCGCCCGCAUCACCGGAGGCGGGCUCGGAGCCCGCCCCCGAGUCGGUGGGCGCAGAUAUCCAUUUCCUACAGUGGGGAUUCCACCCGCCGGCGACGGCGCCCUCGUCGACGGUGCCCUCGGGCCCGCAGGUCAACUCCCACACCUCGACCGUCAUCUUCACGCAGCUGGCGGCGUACAAGCUGCAUGGGGCGUACGCGCAGCCGCACACCACUCUCACGCACCACCUGGACCUGGCGGACGAGACGGGACUGGUGCUGAUGCACGGACAGGUCAUGCCGAACGGAGGGGUGUCCACGUCGGAGGCGACGUGGCUGGCCAGCUGUCUGCAGCGGUUCUAUGACUUUGGGGGACAGGCGCACGGCCGCAAGGGCGAACUGCUGCGCAUGUUCACCCAGGGGGAUGUCCAGGGGUUCAAGAUCGACGAGCUCUUGGCGGAGUCGGAGAAGCUCUAG